AUGAAUGUCGGUGUUUACGCAAGUCGUCGCAAAAUCGUGCCGCUAUCAGUGUUGGCGAUUCUACCUGUAGGCCGCCGAUUAAGCUUGCGUAUUCCCCUUCCCACCCGACGUGGUAUCGACCUGGCUGGCUAUUUUGCAUGUUGUGCCGGCGCGCCGGUGUGUCUACAACCAGUUGCCCCGUCUCUCUUGUCAUCGGACGUCGCUGCCUUUGACGUCCGUGGGGACCUUGUGGGUAUUGACCGGUGUUCCGACGUCCGACCGUUAUAUUGUGCUGGUCUACCUUUGAAUUACGCGUCGUAUUAUACUCGUCUCGUGUGUUAUAAUCGUCAAUCGCCAUCAAACGGUGCACAUCGAGUACUGUUGUGUCGCGUGCGUCGUACGUACGUACUCACAUUGUUGUGGCGUACACGUUACGUAAGAUCGCGAAACUCAGCCGCCGCCGAUCUAAUUAAGUGCUAG